AUGGGACUCUCACUUCUUCGCAACGAGUCGUCGCCUCUCGAUACCAUAAUAUACACCGUCUGUGUGAAUGCUGCUGCAUAUAAAUUUCUCACCACAACAAUCAACCUUGAAACCGACGCCGACCUUGCCCUUGAGCUAAGGAGGAAUGCUGGAGAGUAUCGAGCAACAGCCCAAGCUGCAUUAAAGCAGAUCCCUCUAUUAAUACCACCCUCGCUUGGCCUUCUUCAGGCAAUUCUCUGUGGUGUCUUUCUUCACCAAGGGUCUGGGGACGUGAAUACGAGCGGUGAUCUUACCAAAGCCGCUUGUAAAACAUGCAUCGACUUGGAUCUACACACCACCGCUAUGAAGGGAGAAGCAACCGAGGAAGAACUCUUCUGUUUCCUAUGGUGCUACACCCUGGAUAGGAACCAUGCAUUUAAAGUCCGAAGCUCCCGGUGUCUCCUCGACGUCCAGCUGCCAUCCAAUUUCUACGACCUAUAUUCUCAUUACCCCCUAAUGUCUGAACUCUUCUUGAUCUACAUGGACCUUGCUAGGGUGCAGGAUGCAGUCGUGUCGUAUCCAAAUCAUUCAUUGGCAGCCCCUCGAUCUAUGGACCCCCUUUUGACGGGAGAGAGCAUGCUGCGGACGAUGCAAUCCAUACAGGGACGAAUGAACCGGAUGGCUUCAUCUUCCCCGAAUUGGAGAGGACUCGACUGCGAAACCGAAAUGUCAGCUCUCAAAUUCGCCUACCAAUCAAUAAUGACCGCAAUCCUCUACCUUCUUCAGGUAGACCAAGGUCUACCACCCCGUUCAACGGAAAGUUAUCUUCAGUCUGCCCGCCAGGAACUAUCAGCUCUCGUAUCGAUGUGCUACACAGCAGAGAAACAAGCCGCAGUCAGCUUUUUGAACUGGACAAUCCUCCUCUACCCAGCGACAGCAUACCUAGUCCUAUUCUGCAACGUAGUAGCAACAUCCGACAUUGGCGAUUUCAACCUAAUGAAAGCCAUCGCCGACUGCCUCACGCAAAACGGAAUCAGUUAUCCCCUUGUUCAACUCCGCAAUCUUUUCCAGAAAUUCCUCGGUCUUUCUCAAGAAUUUUUUGGCGAGGAUCGGGGUGCGCUGCAAAGAAUUCGUCCAGAACGUCGCGUGGAUAGCCCUCCGCCCUUGCCCGUUGGCAGUCCGUUUUCGCUACCGUGGGGUGCGAAUGACCCGUUCUUCAACCCUUAUAUGUUGACUGAAGGAGGCAAUUACACAGAUAUGCUGGGUAUGUCAGAUAAUGAUCUAUUUCUGACGUAUGGUGGUUCGUCGGUGUAUGAAUAG